CAGCUGAUGUUAGUACUGUGUGUUGUUGUCUUUCUUGUAUGUAUGUCUGCUGAAGGCGCUCUGCAAAACUGAGGUUUGAGGAUUAACUCUUCAAAAGUGCAGACGAUUGUUUCAGAAUGACACAGUGGGAGCGAUUGCAGCAGCUGGAUACAGUGUAUUCACAGAGGGCUUUUGAUCUGUACAAUGGAGAUGAAUUCCCAAUGGAAGUCAGACAUUACUUGGCACAUUGGAUUGAGGGCCAGGACUGGGAACGUGCUUCACGAGACUCUUCCCAAGCUGCGUUCCUGUUUCAGGUGCUUUUAGAGAAUCUGGACAACCAGUUCAGUCGUUUUGUGCAAGAGAAAGAGAGUUUCCUACUGCAGCGUAAUUUCAGACGCUACAAACAAAACUUUCAGGAAUACCAAGAGGAGCCCUAUACUCUUGCUACUAUUAUCCACUGGUUCCUGGUGAAGGAGAAAGGGAUCUUGAAUGAUGCAGAGCUUGCACAGCAAGUGCAGACGUUGCAGAUACAGCCAGCUGCAAUGGAGUUGGAGAGCCAGAGACAAGUAGAAAAGAGGUUAAAAGACCUUAAGGCCAAAGUAGAGGUGAUGGAGCACAGCAUAAGGUGUUUGGAGGAGCAGCAGGAUGAGUUUGAUUUUAAAUAUCAGACACACCUAAUGGACUCUUGCACAGAAGAAGAGAAGAAAAAGCAAUUAGAAGGGCUUCAGAAGAUGCUCAAUGCACUCGAUAACUGCAGAAAGAACUUCCUUUCUGAUAUCUCGGCUAUGUUGGACGCUUCUGAUGUUCUGCACUCAGCGCUCAUAAAUGAGGAACUGGUGGAGUGGAAGCAGAGACAACAGAAGUCCUGCAUUGGUGCUCCUGAUGAUACAAGUUUGGAACACUUAGAGAAAUGGUUCACUCAAAUUAUAGAGUGCAUGUUCCAGCUGCAGAAGUUCUUACAGAAGCUUGAUGAGCUGGUAGGGAAAAUGACUUACGAAAAUGACCCCAUCCCAGUCCGAAAACCCCCUUUAAACAUUAGAGUGGACACUCUACUGACCCACUUGAUAAAGAGCUCAUUUGUUGUAGAGACUCAACCAUCCAUGCCGCAAGGUCGAGGCCUCCUGGUGCUGCGCACAAAUGUUCAGUUCUCAGUCAAAGUCAGAUUGUUAUAUAAAGUUCCUGAACUCAACCAUGUUAUGAAGGUGACUGUUUCUAUUGACAAUGCUACUUCACAACUGAAAGGGUUUCGGAAAUUUAAUGUGCUGGGUACCUUGAGUAAAGCCCUUAACAUGGCUGAGAGUAUGAAUGGGGGCAUGGUUGCUGAUUUCAGACAUUUGACUUUAAAAGACCAGAAAGUCAGUGGUGGAGGAAAAGGAAUCAAUGAUCUCUCAUUGAGUGUGACCGAAGAGCUGCACAGAAUAAACUUUCAGACCCAGUUUGACUGUCAAGGCCUGUCUGUCCCUUUGGAGACCUCUUCUCUUCCUGUUGUGGUGAUUUCAAACUCCAGUCAGCAGCAGAGCGCUUGGGCGUCUGUUCUGUGGUUCAACAUGCUCUGUCCAGAUCCCAAGAACAUCAAGUUUUUUGAAACCUCUCCUGCAGCCACUUGGCUGCAGUUUGGGGAAAUGCUAAGUUGGCAAUUUCUCUCCUGUGGGAAACGUGGUCUAGACAAUGACCAGUUGGAGACCCUUGCCAUCAAACUCUUUGGUAAACAACCGAGCUAUGACAACUGUAAGAUAACCUGGACCAAGUUCAGUAAGGAGAACCUCCCCGAUACAAACUUCACCCUGUGGGUGUGGCUGGAUGGCAUUCUAAACCUGGUUAAACUCUACCUGUCAGACCUGUGGAGUGAUGGGUCUAUAAUGGGUUUUAUCAGCAAAGGGAAGGAAAGACUUUUAUUGAAGAAGAAGCAGAAUGGCACUUUCCUGUUGCGUUUUAGCGAAAGCAUCAAAGAUGGAGGAAUCACGUUCAGCUGGGUGCAGUACGCUAAUGAUGCCACUCCAAGUGUGCAAACCGUAAAACCAUUCACCAUUACUGACCUAAAGCAGAUUGCUUUACCUGAUAUCCUCUGCAACUUUCGGAUCAUGGUAGCAGAAAAUAUUCCAGUUAACCCACUGUGUUACCUUUACCCAAACACUCCCAAAGACCAGGCCUUCGGCAAAUACUACAGUGAAAAAACUGGGGAGGAGAAUCCUUACCUGAAGUACCUCAAAACCAAACUGGUUUUUGUCUCUAAAGAGAAUGGCUGUUCUGGCAUCAGAGAGGGGCCAGAGUCUGACCUGUGCACACAGGACAGAGACCCUCCUUCCUUUUUUGAUGCGGGUGAUGAUGAUGAUGAUGUGUUGCUCAAAGUGUCCAAGAAGUCUCCAAUGUUCUCCGUCUCUACCAUUGAUGCUGAUUUGCUUAGCAGUAUUUUGGACAGUGAUGGUGAGAGCACUGUUCCACAUGCAUUUCCUCCAACCUCUCCCCGCAUUUCACCAUCAUGCCUCCAACAAAGCUUUCCAGAGAGUGCCGAGUAUAACCUUGAAGAAGCACUCUCUACAGACAAUGAUGUUAAUUACACAUUGCAAGAGUUUUUAAAUGGCAUAAACCUUCAUAUACUGCAGGAGGAGCCAGAUGGCUUCAUCCUUGAUCCUGGUUUUCAAGAUCUUGGCAAUCCCAACAUACCACUGACCCCCUGAAUUUGAUCCAUUGAACACAAAACCAUGAUCCAUGUGGUUAGCUAAAACUCAAGCCGUAUAAUGCUUUCCGUAGCUCUGAUUUGUUGUAAAUAAGUAUAAAGUAUAGAGGCAUAAUUCAGGUCAUUACUUCAUUUUCAGUACUGAUUUUAUUAUUACUUUAUCCAUUUAGUGUUUAUCUGAAUGUCUACUCAUCCAAUCAUCUGUUACUUAUGUCUAUUGAAUUAAGGAAGUAAAGCCUUUGACAAGGAUGAGUGAGGUCUUGUGACCUCACGAUUCGUAAGCUGCUAGUAAAUAUUUGUCCCUAUAAAAAUAAGCUGGAAAGAAAAAGUUUCUUUGAAAUUAAUUCAAACAAUAUUAGAGCUCCUUAGCAAUGAAAAUGAGUGGUGAUUAGAGUUUGGAUAACUUUAUAAAAAAAUAAACAUUUCUGCCAAGUAAAAAUCAUGCUUUUAUGGUCCAAGUAUACGAUCAGCAGAACAGUUUGUAUUCUUCUAUUCUAAAUGUAUUUUCAAUAGCAAAAAUUAAUUACGCAGUGCUUGGUUUAAAUCACUUAAUUUGACAUUUAAAGGCACCAAUGUUGAUGAUGCUUUUAUAUUAGUCUUUAACUCUAGGAUUUUAGGCACCUUCAUUUUUUUUUUGUCUUUUAUUAUCAAUUUUUAUUUUGUAUAACCACUAUUGAGAUUGUAGAAAAGUACCUGAAUGCUUUGCUUUUGAGUCAACUGGAUUUUUUCCCUUGUAGUUAAUCAUUUUAAAAGUGAUUUGUUGGCUUUCACUAAACCCAACCUAAAGACAAUAGAAAUACUUAUUAUUUUCCUGUUUUUGGUACUGGAUAGUUGAGUCAUCAAUUACAGUUUUGAUUAGGCAGAUACUGUCAUUAACUUCUAUAAAAAUGGAAAUUGAUCAUUUUGACACAUUUUCUAUAAUUUUGAAAGCUGAAUUUAGUUCAAAUGUUCUGUUAUCCCAGUUGAAGGCAGAUUAUACAGAGCUUUAUCUGGCUGGUGAAAAUACUUGGAUCAUAUUUGUUUUAGAUGUUAAUAUCUUUUAAACCAAAUUAAUUUGAAUCAGACUGAUUGAGAGUAACACUGUGAUUUCUGAUGACAGAAAAAUGCACUUGAGUAGAAAUGUGUAAGAACGGAAUGCUUCUGAUUUCUUGGUAAAUGAAACGAGUUGUUGUGUAACAAUGUGUACAGAUAAAUUAAAUGUGUUCCUCUAACUGAAUCCGUUUCUGAAAUCUUUUAGAGAGCAAAAAAUAGGCCCAAAUUAAGUUUUUUUUUCUUCUUUUUUCCUCUGAAAUGAAAUUCCAUAUCAUGGUUAUUUAGUUACCCCAUGAGCACUUCUGUUUGAAUUUGUAGACUUUGUUUCAAAUGCAUGUAACCAAGUUUUGCAUUAUGUCCACUGUCAACCUUAUUGUAAUAUGUUUUGUAUCUGUUAACAAGACUUUGUAGAGUUGAAAUAUGAGUGUUACCAAUGGUACAAUAUUGGUCCAAUAAAACAUCUAAUGAGA